CAUGCGGCGGGCGUGUCGGCGGGCGCGCCUACGGUGCGAGGACGGUAAGCCGUGUCGACGAUGCUUGGAGAUGCAUGUGGAAUGCACUGAGGCUGGGGUCAUUCCCGUCUCCGUCCCCACUACUCCGCCCCCACCUGCUCGACCGGCGCGCGGGGGAGAUCGGGCCAAGCUGGCGUGCUCGAGCUGCCGCAGGGACAACAAAAAGUGCGAUGACCAGCGUCCGUGUGCGCGGUGUGUGGCGCGCUCAGAGGAGUGCAUCCACGUGAGUCGGGGCCCGAAGCUCGUCAAACUGAGGUGUGAGGGAUGUAGGGUGGAUAGUAAACGAUGCGAAGAGACGAGGCCGUGUAAAUAUUGUGUCGAGAGUGACAGGCGGUGUGUUACUGCCCCGCGGAGGGGGCGUGGACAUGGGACACGAGUCAAAGUGGCAUGUGUGAGCUGCAGGCGCGACAAGGUUCGCUGCAAUGGAGACAGACCCUGUGGUGCGUGCGUCAAGAAGGGCUGUAAAUGUGUUGACCGCGCAUGUACGGCGUGUACACGAGACGGAAAGGCUACAGAAUGUACCCACCGCAAAGUCCAAGAUGAGGGCUUGUCCGAUCCAGGAGGAGAACCAGGACCCACUUCUGAGGCAGAUACCAGUGAAAAUAAAUCGGUCACUAUGAAGAAUUUCCGAUUCCACCCCACCCAGGAAUAUUUGCCUUCGGGGACGCUCAGCACUGGACGCGGUGCGCAAGGGCCUUUUGCGAUGGCCUCCCCGAUAUAUCCACCUCAUCAGAUGCUAUCUCAGCCAGCCUACUACCUUCCUCCAUCUAUGGCACAUCAGACCUCGCAGCAUCCAUCCUUUAUGCUGCACCCUCAAAUGUGGAGCAACGCGACAGGGCCUCUGUUUUACUUCGACGGCGUUCUCGAUCCCAACAUGACUGCACAACAGAUUACCACAUCAAACACACGGAGCUACCUUCAAGGCAAUCAGUG